AUGCGUGUGUUUGCCAGUGCUUCCAUCCUGCGUAUCUUCAACACGCUGUGCCGCACACUCCCUCUUCCCCAGUCGGCCUCACCCACCUCUCCACCAUACCCUUCUCUUCGUGCCUCGCUGAUGCUCCCCUCCGCCCCCCUGAAACUCGCUCCAUUCCUUCUGUGUGGGUUGGCGCAGCGAGGUGGACAGCAACCAGCUGGUGGGGCAGCUGCCCUCUCUGAAGCGCAUGACAGCGCUCAGGGCUGUGGCUGCACGGGGCAACUAUAUCACAGCUCAUCACACUCACCUGCAGGGCCGUACAUCCCUUCUCACCUCACCUCUUACGAAGACCCGAUGAUUUUUCUUCAGUCGGCCUUCUCUGCUCCCAACGGCUCCAUCUUCCUCACCUCGACGCCAUCCACUGCACCAUGGGGGGCGGCCUUCACACCGCAACCCAGCACCCUCUUCCUCUCCACCAACAGCAAGCAGCCCUGUGACCAGCCCAUUGCCUUCUCUGUCUCUUUCGCGUUUCAAAUGACCCCUGCUGCUCCGACGUCUGGUGGUGCUGCUACAGGCGCAGGCAGCACCACAACAGGAGAGGGACUGGCGUUUGUAAUCACUGCUGCAGCACCCCAAGGGGCUGCAGUGGGGGUGGGGCUGGGAGGGGUGGGGAAGCGGAGUGUGGCGGUGGAGUUUGACUCGGUGCUGAGUGUGAAGCACAGCGACCCCAACGACAACCACGUGGGCGUCAAUGUGGGCGGCUCACCUGUGUCCCUCGCCUCUGCCACGGCCCCUCUCAUCCUCAACGACGCCCACACCAAGCACGCCUGGAUCCACUACGACCCCACCAGCGGCGGCACCCUCCGAGUCUUCCUCUCAGCCUCCAGGCAGCAGCCGUCCAAGGCUGUGCUGACGGCGAGAGUGUCUCUCUGCAGCGCGCUCAAGCCCACCAUGGGAAACUCCUCAUUCCUCUUUGGCUUUGUGGCAGCCUCUACAAACUAUACUCAGAGGCAUGACAUCCUCUCAUGGAAGAUCAUUACGGGCGUACUUCCUGUUGUGGACUGGAAAAAUGAAGUCCCUGGCAAAGCAUUUGGGCAGGUGGCAUCAUCAGAGGAGGUGGCAGGAGCCAGUGAGAGAGAGAACGUGCCCUCCACCUUCCACUAUGCCAGCCUCGCCUUUCAAACAGACAGCCCAGCUACGGAGCCACCGUAUUCACUUAUGGUGAUUGCACUGGCAUGCGACCAACUAUCCAGCAACCGUAUGAGCCCUCCUUGUGAACCUCCCACUUUGCCCCUCACUUCAUGCCCCUCCUCAAAUGCCCCUCCCUUCAUGCCCCUCCUCCCGUCAUGCCCCUCCUCACAUGCCCCUCCCUUCAUGCCCCUCCUCACAUGCUCCUCCUUGCCGCUCCUUGCAGCCGACUCCUCAGCAUAUGCGGUGGUGGCAGCAGUAGAGGCAGCCUACAGCAUCGCCAGCAACUGGUCGCAGCCCCCCAGGCUGUCGGUGGACCAGCUUCGGCUGGCCCUGUCGUCCAACUGCGACGACAUGCCUCCGCGCGAUGUGCUGGCCUUCCUGGUGGCUGCCACGCGCAAGGGAGGGGGGCUCGUGGAUGACGCAGCAGCAGCGCCCGCCAGUCCACACAGCAUGGCGUCCGCCGGCCGGCGCGAGAGACUGGCCGCGAUUUCUAAUCCUCUGGCCACAUGUUUUGCAUCUGCUCUUUCUAGUAUACUCCCCGACUUUGUCAUCCUUCCCUUUCCUGUCUUGCAGAAGGUCAAGUACUACGGGAUUCAGGGUUUUGAGGAGUCCUCGUUUGAUGGAUGGCUGGGUCUGCUGUUGGCAGUGCAGCGGCAGCCAGUGGUUGUGCGGAUAGAGGCUUCCGCACAAUCGUUCUUCGAGUAUGACGGGACAUACAAGUACGCGGAUGCUGGCUGCUUCCAGGAGGGCGUGAAUCACGCAGUGCUGCUGGUGGGCUAUGCCUUGCAAGGCAGCACAUCCAGCCCUUUCAGCCUGGAUGGGCCCCUCUGGGUGAUCCGCAACUCAUGGGGCACAGGAUGGGGGGACGUAGGGCACAUGUACAUGGACAUGCAGAGCGGGCCGGGCGUCUGUGGCAUCAACACACUGCCAGGCAUCUUCCCCAUCCUCCGAUCUACUGCUGACCCAUGUGGCAGCAAGUCAGUAAUGCUGGAAGGCUCAUCAGAAGUGCCAGGGAGCAACGCGUUCAACCCGUGUGGGCAGUUCAAGUGCUCCAAGGCCGGAGCAUCCAACCGCUGUGCCUGUGCUGCUCCCCACUUCGUCCAGACCUCCCACCCCGAUGGCUCCAACACGUGCGCCUAUGUGGACGCCUGUGGGCUGGCAGGCAGCAACCCGUGUGUGGUGGGCACGUGUGUGAACGAUGGCAAGGGCAGCUACUCCUGUGUGUGUCCCCCGGGGUUCGUUCAAGGCACCACCGCCAAGGGAACCCUCUCCUGCGCUCCUGGUGACAACAAGGGCAGCUACACAGUGCUUGGCAGCAACGUGUGGUGCUCUCAAGUGCUGCCUGUGUUCGGUCUCACUCUCAACCAACUCAAGCAGCAGAACAAGGUGAGCACGUAUUCUCUUAUUCUACCACCACGUUACGAGACACCAUAUCUCACAUCAAGCCGUCAACCAUCCUUCCGCCCCUCAUGCGUGCAGAAGAUAUCGUGCACAAAGCCCAUCCCAGUGGGAUUCAAGCUGACUGUCAAGACGACCCAAUCUUUUCCAAAUUGCUCGCUUUUCUACACCAUCCAGUCUGGGGAAAGCUGUGUGAGAGUGGCUCAGCAGUUCAAUCUGAGCGACAGCUGUCUCGGGGAUGGAGAUCAGGCAUGUGUGGAUGCAGUGGUGGGGCUCAACCCUGGUCUCAACUGUUCAGAGCUCAGACGUGGCCAGGCAGUGUGUAUAGAGCGCGACGAGAGCAGGGCAGGGGAGGUGGCAGUGUGUGAUAAGGAGUACCUUGUCCAGGAGUGUGGCGGCUGUGAUGCUGUGAUGGUGGCCGUGGAUCCACCUUUGAGCCCAUUGGAGUUCUACCGCCUCAACCGAGGCAUCAACUGCAACUGCUUGUCGACCAACUUACAGUAUCAUUAUUUGCAGCGCAAGGUUUGCGUUGCCAGCAGCACACGGUACAAGACUGGCAAAUGCCCAGGGAGCACCUACAGCGUUGCAGCUGGGGACAGUUGCGACGUGAUUGACGUGAAGGGAUUUGCGGGCAUCAAGGGCCCAGUCUGUCACAUCAGCAUUGCAUAA